CACACCCAACUCCGUCUUCUUCAGUUGAAAAAAUCUCCCUCAUCUCCCCUGUUCCAACCUAGUAACCGUGUGUUACAGAAGGGCGAGUGCUCCGCGGCUGAUCCGCGGCGGCGUGUUUCCAUCUUCUCACCCAACACCGGCGGUCUCGUCAGGUUGUUCCCUACUUUCUCAUAAGAGCAUGUAUAUAAGGCUUACUCAGCAGGCUAUAGCAUUUGCCAGCUCAUCCAAAUCCUACAUGGCAGAGAGAGAAAGCAGGAAAGAGAAUGGAGCGGCUCUCCUGCAGUCGCCCGGCUGUAGCACGCAGUACGAGCAGAGCAGCCGGCUUGCAGCUCACACCGCUGGCGCUAGGCCGAAGCUAGGAGAUUCCACCCAAUCGUGUUUAUACCCAGCUUAAAGAACUAAUAAUUUAAAGCUUUAAUGAAGCCCACUUAGCAGCCGGUGUAUAGCUAGCCUAUUAUAUGGCCCGGCUUUAAGCUGGCUCUUUGAUGAUAUGGCACAGGCUUACAGCCGGCUAUCGACGCUGUUAUUAUCCUUGCUCUAAAUCUUAAUCCUCCCCUCUCUGGUUUUCCCUUCCGGAGACACGGCGUGAUUUGAAGAAGGAAUCAGGGAUUUCUUCUCAAUCCGAGUCGAUCUCGAGGUCCGACCAGUGGCCUGUAUAAAAUAGCUAGCGGGGGCGGGACGGAGAAGAGUCAACCAAGCCCAGCCUGUGAUUUGAUUUGAAGAAGGAAUCCGCGAGCGAUGGGGAGGAAAUUGCCCGCUCUUGCUCCGGCCGGGGCGGCGGCGGCGGGAAGGAAGCGAAAAGGUGCCACCUUGACAACGCUCGCCGCGUGCAAGCGCCCUGCGCGGGCGCAAGUAAUCGGCGGAUGGGCGUCCCUGCCCACCGACAUAGUUGGCCUCAUCACCUGCCGGCUCCUGGCCGGCGACGGCGACGGCGACGUGGUUGAUUACAUCGCCUUCCGCGCCGUCUGCUCCGGCUGGCGCGCCUGCACGCCCACGGCGCGCGACCCCACACUGCGGGAUCCCCGCCUACGCCCGCGCGGCUGGGUCGCUCUCUGUGACGGCGACGCCGUCCGCCCAGACGAUGCCUGCGAGAUCGUCUUCUUCCAUACGCGCACGGCCAGGCGCCUCCGCGUCCUCCUCCCGGAGCUCCGGCAACACAGGAUCGUUGGCUUCACCGACGGACUCCUCAUCCUCGUGCACAAGCGCACCACCGAGGUCCGCGUGCUGCAUCCCUUCACGCGCGUCGUGGUCGAUUUCCCGCCCCUCGCCCCGGUGUACCACGCGGUAGUCAGGCGGAUGAAGCUGCUCGACAUGAGCGCCGCGAUAUGCAGCAGCGCGUCCUCGGCGACCUCCAUUGCGGUGGUGGUCUGGUUCCUCUGCACAAGUGUGGUGCUCGGCGCCGACCCGGGUUCAGAUUGGGAGCUUCUCCACCGAGGUCUUUAUGUUUGGAAUACCUUGUCCUUCCAAGGAAAGCUCUAUGCCACCACCCUGUCUUCACACGAGAUCCUGCAGCUAUACCCUCCUCCCAGACAGGAGGAACCCCUCGAGAAUUCUGUGGUGGUUGCUCAUGCUCCAUAUUUUGCUGAUCGCAUGUAUAGCGAUUUUCUACUCGUGGAGUCUGGUGGAAGGAUGCUGCUCGUCGUCCGGCACCCAGCUCCUGGUACAAAGGAGAUGGACUGGUCGGGACUAGAAGUCUUCAGGCUCUAUGAAGUGCAUCUGAGCAGCCAGCAGUGUAAGCUUAUCCCGGUGAACACCUUAGGCGACCGCUCGCUGUUUCUCAGCGGUGACCGAUGCCUGUCUGUUUCGGCCAGGGACCUCCCAACCUUGAGCAGCAACUCCAUCUACUUCAGUCUACCAUGGGACCCCAUUGUGUUGCAUUCGCUGGGGACUGGUUUGUCCGAGCGCUUAGCCGAGUCCUGCAAAAUACAUGAUGGGAAGGACAGGAUACGCCCAUCUGUGCGCCCCUUCACCAUUGCUGAUCAUCUCAUGACCUACUGCCAUACUCCUGAGUGGUCUAAAGGACUCAUGUUCCACGAGUACCAACACAUACCUGAAUCUUUCAAGGAACUGAUUAAGAACAUCCGGGCACAGGAUGCGCAAGUGCGGAUUCCACGUAUUGGUUGAGCUGACGCUAAGCUUCACAUUGCCCACUGAAUAAUGAAGGUUCUGGCAGCAUAUGGAGAAGAAGAGAGGGGGGCAUGAACCUGAAGAUAUUUUGUUUACUAGGAUUGUUGAGAACUUGGUUAACGUAUGUAUCUGUCCAAAUAUAUGAUUAUUUAGGAAAAUGAAAAUCCAUCCUCAGUCAUGUUGAUUGCGGGGUGUAUUUUGUCACCAAGUAUGUUUGGGUGUUGAACUGCAGUGAAACUUUCUGUGUAUUUUUUUUACUUUGAGAAAAUAAUGCCCAUGUGACCUUCAUGGCCCUGUUUUUUGAUA